AUGAGCGUGAGAAGACGAUUGAAUUCGCUGAGGAGCUCAAUGAGAGGCUCUGUGUUUCAGAAAGAGAUGGAUUUUUCAGAAGCUGUUGAUUGCUUCAGCCGUGCCCUCGAGAUCAGCCCUUCCACGAAUCCCACCGCCUGGAUCGAGUUUGAAAAGGGAUUGAUUGAUGAGGAUGAGCUAGCUAGAAAGCUCUUCAUUGAUGAGAGGGACUUUGAUUUGGAAGGGUUAAAGGAUUGUAUUAGAUCAGGAUACGCAUACUAA